CGCUGCUGGCGCUGCUGGCGGCGCUGGCCCCGCGCACCUCCGCCGCGCCGGAGGCGGCCCUGUGGCCUAUGCCGCUCUCGGUGAAGACGUCUCCGCGCCAGCUGCAGCUCUCCCGCGAUAACUUCUCCAUCGCUCACGGCCCCUCGUCCACCGCCGGCCCCACCUGCUCCCUCCUGCAAGAAGCGUUUCGGCGAUACCAUGAAUACAUUUUUGGUUUUGACACGAGGCAGCCUCGCCCUGCGAAAUCUCACAGUGUGGUGGGGUUACAGCAACUCGUCGUCACAGUCGUCCUGGACUCGGAGUGUGAUCUUUUCCCCAACAUCACUUCGGAUGAGUCCUAUACUUUACUUGUGAAAGAACCAGUGGCUUUCCUCAAGGCCAACAGAGUCUGGGGAGUAUUACGAGGUUUAGAGACCUUUAGCCAGUUAAUUUAUCAAGAUUCUUAUGGGACUUUCACCGUUAAUGAAUCCGACAUUAUUGAUUCUCCAAGGUUUCCACAUAGAGGAAUUUUAAUUGAUACAGCCAGACACUUUCUGUCAGUUAAGACUAUUCUUAAAACUCUGGUAGGUGAUUAUUACUUAUUUAUUUAUUUAAUCUAUAUUCUAUUCCAAAGAUGUGUGCUUUUAUGGUGUUACUUAACAUGGCUUCUGCCAGGCACAGUUGUUCAAGUAUGGAAAAAUCCAGCAUAUCGUGAGGAACUACGUGCAGUCACAGCAGCUGGAUUCCCUGUGAUCCUUUCUGCUCCUUGGUACUUAGACUGGAUUAGUUAUGGACAAGAUUGGAGAAAUUACUAUAACGUGGACCCUCUUAAUUUUGAGGGUUCUCAAGAACAGAAAAAACUUGUCAUUGGUGGAGAAGCUUGUCUGUGGGGAGAAUUUGUGGAUGCAACUAACCUCACUCCAAGAUUAUGGCCUCGGGCAAGUGCCAUUGGUGAAAGACUCUGGAGUCCGGAAGACAUCAAAGGUAUAGAGAAGGCCUACAACAGACUGACAGUUCAUCGUUGCAGAAUGGUCAGACGGGGAAUAGCUGCAGAACCGCUUUUUACUGGAUACUGUAACCACGAGUACAAAACAUAAAAAUGAGCCUAAACAAAGAAGAAAAUAGGAGGGGACAAAGCCCACAGCCAUAUGUGCUACAAUCAACUUGAUUUUGAAAUCAUGUAAAUUAAGAUUUAAAUAAAAUCUGUAUCUUUUUAAAA